CUUCACAUUCCAGGCCUGCUGAGACUUCCCCCAAAAUCCUCCAAAAUGGAGCCGCCUCUGCCUCUGCCUCUGACAGCGUAUCCUUUGAAAAGCUCCAGGCUGAAAACCAGGAUUUUAAUCAUUUUCUUCUCUAUGGUUUUGUUCACAGCCAUACUGGGCCUGCUGCAACUUAAGUACUUAAAGCCCAAAGCCAAAGACUUUUAUUCCUUUGAAGUGAUGGAUCCGAAAGGCAGGACCGUUUCGUUGGAGAAAUACAGAGGCAAAGCAUCUCUGGUUGUUAACGUGGCUAGUUACUGCCAGCACACAGAAAAAAAUUACAUCAUGCUUCAGGAACUGCAUAGGGAGUUCGGACCAUCCCACUUCACAGUGCUAGCCUUCCCCUGUAAUCAGUAUGGGGAAACGGAGCCAGACACAAGCAGGCAGAUCGCAUAUCUUGCAAAAUCAAAUUAUGGAGUAACUUUCCCCAUUUUCAAGAAAAUAAAGAUUCUAGGAACUGAAGCAUCGCCGGCAUUUCAAUUUCUAAUAGAUUCCUCCAAAGCUAUGCCUCGGUGGAAUUUCUGGAAGUAUCUCAUCAGCCCAGAUGGGAAAGUUGUGAAGUUCUGGAGACCUGAAGAGCCCAUAGAAAGCAUCAAGCCAGAAAUAGCUGCUCUGGUUAGGCAGAUCAUUAUGAAAAAGAGAGAAGACCUCUGACAAAGCUGGUGUGCCUUUUGGAUUCCACAGGGCAACAUCUCUCCUCGGCCCUUAGUACAUUCCUGCUUAAUAAUGGUAAAAGAUGGACAAGCAGUGGUUUUUCUUACUGGAUAAAAUUUUGGUAGCUUUU